AUGGAUCAAGCUGCAAUAUACAUCGCGCAGACAGCCAGAUAUCCCCCUCUAUCUCCGGUAGAGGAGAAGAGGCUGAUACGGAGAAUAGACUGGAUUCUUGUUCCAAUGCUCCUCUUAACCGCUACAUUGGGUGCGGUGGAUAAAGUCGCCAUCAGCACUGCUGCUAUCUACGGGCUGAGAGAUGAUCUACAUCUCACUGGCAAUCAAUACUCAUGGGCGGGCUCAAUUCUCUACUUCGGGUGUAUUUUUGGCAUGUGGCCAUCUUCAUAUGCCCUACAACGCAUACCCUCGGCAAAAUAUCUAGCUAGUUGUUCAUUCGGCUGGUCAAUUCUCUCGCUAUUAAUUCCUGCAUGCCGUCACUUCUCUCAUUUGAUGAUUUUGAGGUUUCUAAUGGGCUGUCUAGAAGGCAUAAUAGUCCCGUCUAUAUCUCUUGUUAUCGCAGGUUUCUAUAAAAAGUCUGAGCAGCCACCUCGAAACGCCGUCGCUUUUGCCGCCAUCAGUUCGGUGAUCAAUGGCUUUCUGUCCUGGGCUGUAGGGCAAAUCCCAUCGUCGGCACCACUGGCGAAGUGGCAGUACCUGUUUCUCAUUACCGGAUCUAUUUCGCUUGCAUGGUCAAUAGUGGCCUUUUUGUAUCUUCCGGAUACGCCUAUGAAUGCAUGGUUCUUGAACGACCAAGAGAAGUAUUAUAUCAUCACUCGGCUGGCUGAAAACAAAACGGGAAUCCUGAGUAAGACAUGGAAAAAGUACCAGGCCAUAGAAGCCAUCAUUGAUCCCAAGACAUGGAUUAUCUUCCUCUUCAAUAUUGCCAUCAAUGUACCCAAUGGAGGCCUGAUAACCUUCAAUGGGAUCAUCGUCCAUAACCUCGGAUUCACCGCGGUCCAGACAUCCCUAUUGAACAUGCCGACGGGCAUCAUGUCCACCUUAUCUGCAUUUGUAUUCUCAUGGAUAGCUGCAAAGUGGACGAACCGACGUUGUCUUGUUACAAUGAUUGCGGCGUUUGUCCCGGCUAUUGGUGCCGUACUGGUGUAUGCUUUGCCCAGGACGAAUAUUGGUGGGCAGAUGAUUGGAAUAUACCUGCUGUAUACCUAUUUUGGGCCUUAUGUGUUGGGAGGGAUCUCUCUUGGACAAGCAAACACUGCCGGCCACACAAAGAAGAACGCCCAGUACUCGGUCAUGUAUAUUGGCUAUGCAGUUGGCAACAUAAUCGGACCGCAGACCUUCCGCGCAAACCAAGCGCCCGCAUACACAGGGGGAUUCGUCUCUAUGCUCAUCUGUUACUGCGUCUGUAUCGGCCUCAUGGGUUCUUACUGGAUUCUUGCUGCAGUGCUCAAUGCUCGACGAGAAACCAUUUCGUUGUCCACAUUACCUUCGGCGAUAACCACCCAACCAAUACCUGCAGCGAAUCUGUCGAGUAACAACUAUGUAUCCGAUGUGGACAGUAUAUCUGAAUAUGCAUUUGCAGAUUUGACCGAUUUUGAGCAGUUGGAUUUUCGGUAUACAACCUAG